AUGGCUGCUCAUAUGCCGCUCGAAGCAAAAACAGGGCAGCCUCCGGAGACCGAACAAGGGGUGAAGCCUAGCAACUUGAGCGAACUAGCUGAGGAGAUGAAGAGUGAUCCGAUCAUCACCCACCUGCGGCUGUACACUUUCAGCGACCUAUAUUUGAUGACGGAUCUAAACAAUCUCGCAUAUAACAAGCUCACGCAUCAUUUAGCCAAUGUGGACAGGACUACAAAGCGUGUCGAGACACAACGAGCUAUCAUUGCUAUGUUACAUUUGGCCUUCAGCAAAAUCAAGCCGGGUGACAAACUCCUCAACUGGUUGGCACAUUUUGCAUCGUGGAACCUCGAAGUGCUACUCUCGCAAACUCUCUUCAACGACCUGCUAGUUGAUGUUCCUGCCUUGGGCUCUCUUAUGAUGACUUCCUUGAAUCCAGCCACGUCCAGCCCCUGGGGCUCUCGCAAAGCCAAAAGGGUUAAACUGCACCAGGAUGUCGAUUAG